UUCCCGCCCCCUCCGCGAGAGCUAGACUAAUCGAACGACCGUUCCUCCGCCACUCCCACCCCCAUCCCGGGAGUUAACCGACUCCUAGAGUAGGGGCGCCUCCAGGUUGCCUAGCGACGGCGCUUUUUCCCUGGACGCAUGCGUACUUAGAACCUAGGGGGGGUUGGCUGCUAGCGCGGUGGGCCUGGCGGGAGAAGAGACUGGGCUGAAUCUGGAGCUAGUGUAGAAAAGACUAUUUCACCAAAAUGUAAUCAAGUCUGCUUAUUGAGUCCUAUCAGUGGAAAAGACUUCCCUGUAGAAGGAGCAGCAUACCAGCAAAUUGGUAGAGCAUAUCUUAGGCAUAAGAUAAUAGCACCUACCACAUGUGCAUUCACACUCUAGAAUGACGCCCCUGUCAGCAGGAUCUUAACUGCUCCAGACAAUGUGAAACAGCCUGUUUUAUAACUAGCAUUGACAUUGGUUGAAUGUGCUAUGGGAGUUUUGGGGAGUUAUUGAAUCAUGGUCAUGGCUUGCAGAAAUAUAAACAGAAGGAAGCAUAUUGGACUUCAGCAGCUUUCAUCAUUAACAGAAACAGGACGAAGUUUCCUAGGCCCAGUAAAGUCAUCCAAGUUUAUCAUAGGUGAAAGAUCUCAUGAAAGUGUGUUAACCUGCUCUAUAUUGAGGCUUCUUGAAAAUCUGGAUUUAAAUAGUUCUGUUGGACAACUUCUUUAUGAAACAGUGCAAUCACAGAAGAAUGCAUAUGGGACUGGGACCAAUACCCUCUUGUUUCUUGCUGGAGCAUGGAGCACUGCUGCCCUAGAAUGUCUUCAGCAAGACAUCCCUAUUUCAGUCAUAGUGUCAGUGAUGUCAGAAGGCCUGAAGUCUUGCAGGAAAGAAGUUGUUCCUCUUCAGAUCUCUCUAAAUAAUAUAGUUGACAACACUGGAGACACAAGGAGAUACCCUUUUUUUGGAACCCUGAGUGUCAUUCCCAGCCCUCUCGUGCAGAUUCCAUCAGAGAUUCCUUGGAUACAAAGAGAGAAGCUCAUAAAAGAUGUAUCUUCUCAAGCAUCCACUCCUUCAUUUUCUUCCAGGACUUCUUCUGAAUUUUCUUCAAGGUCUUCUUAUUCUCACUCUGUAACUAAAGUUAUGUUGCAGGCUCCUCAAACCAAUCUGUUUACAAAUAGUUAUACCAGCAAAUCAAGACUAAGCCAUAGCAGGCAUUUUAAUAAGUCAGAAAAUAUGUCUUAUCAGACAAGCAGUGAAGAACAUCAAAACUCUCAUAUUCAAUGCAAUGAUUUGGUGCAGUUGGCAGUGGGUCUGAGUCAUGGAGAUCAUAGCAGUAUGGCAUUAGUGGAAGCAGCAGUCAAAUGUCAAUAUCAGAAUGCACGUGUGAGGAAGAAGAAUUGUACGGUGCCAUUUAGAUUUGAUAUUUCAAAAAUUUCCACUUGCUGUUUACCAGGCAUACCUGAAAGCUUUUCUUGUGUCUACUCCGGGUAUAUUACUCUAAUAUCAAUCAACUAUACAACUACAGUCAGAGAACUCCAGAAUCAGCCUUUGCGGGUAGUUCUUAUUGAUGGUGACUUCAAAGAGAAUUACCAUCACUUAGGAUUUAAUGGGCUGGGAAAAGUUAAAACUGAAAUGGAAAGUGUGCCGGAUCAAGAGAGACAGUGGGUGGACUAUAUUUUAGAGAUAUUAAUUCAGUUAAAUGUAAAACUAGUCAUGGUGCGAGGAAAUGUGUCUGAAAAUUUAAUGGAACGAUGUAUGCAUAGUAACCUGCUGAUAAUUGGUCCAGUGAGUCAUCAUGUGUUGCAGGAUUUUGCAGAGGUCACUGGAGCAGUGCAGGUCACCUAUGCUACACAGCUGAAUGAAGACUGUGUGGGGAGUGACGUCAAUGUGAGCUUGUGGAGAGCAGGCCAACUGAACUCCAAAGAAGUGAGCAAAAGAGUCGCUAUUUUAAUAAAAGCCGAAGGAGUGCUUUUGGUUACAGCUGUGCUCACUAGCCCCGUCAUAGCACAGAUGCAAGCCAAGGAAGAUCACUUCUGGACUUGUGCUUAUCGCUUGUAUCAUGCUCUAGUGGAUGAGAAGGUCUUUCUUGGAGGGGGCGCUGUGGAAGUCUUAUGCCUUUCCCAUCUUCAGGGGCUGAUAGAACAGUCGCAUAAAAAAGUGGACCUGGAUUGUUCAGGACAACUUCAUACAACUUCAUGGGUGGCCUCUUCACAGGAACUUUAUAGACCGGCUGUGCUUAAAGCCUUGGCAGGGGGAUGGCACAGAUACCUUUCAUCAGUUGUGUAUAACACAGGCACUUGCUCUUCAGAGAGUGAAGCCAGCACAUUCAUUCAAAACUUUCUCCAAAAAAUCACAGGCUCGGGCUGUCCCAUAUUAUACCUUCAGAAAGAAUAUAAUAAAGUGACUAGUGGUAUUUUAAAUUCAGGUAUUCCCAGUAAACUAAAGGAAAUUUCAAGGGUCUAUGAUGUUGUUACACCAAAGAUGGAGGCAUGGCGCAGGGCAUUAGAUUUGGUAUUGUUAGUGCUACAGACAGAUGCUGAAAUUAUUACUGGGGCUGAGUAUACGCAGUUAAACUCACAGGAGACUGAAGAGUUGUUGUUAUUGUAGUUCUGUACCAUGAGAAAAUAAUAAACACCUUUAAAGAAAAUCCAGGAUUCUCUCCACAAGUAAAUAGUAGCCACUAUACCAUUUAUGUUGAAUACAGAUGUAAUAAGUACCAAGAAGAAAAAAAAAUUAAUGCCCUUCUCUUCCUAACAGUAAACGAGAAACUUGAGGUUCUUUUGCUGCUUAAUCUUCAAAAGAACAUUAUCAGAAUUUAGCUAAAUAAGUUCUGGACCUGGAUUUUGCCUAGCAGGUUUUAUUAAAGAACUUUUCAUAUUAUAAAAGCAACCUACCUCCUAAACAAGAGUAAGACCAAAAAAAUUGUUUUUCCAAAUGAGAGGGCCAAUAUUUAUAUGCUGGGAAAAAAAGUAAUUGGAUUGUCAACUUUUUCAUUUUAUUUGGAGAAAGAAAAAAGAAUGUAUAAGAUUCAGUGUGACAAGUGAAAGUAUUUGUCUUAUUUAGUGAUGGGUUUAAACCUAUGUCAUCUGAGAAGAUUUACACAGUUCCUUAGUUGAACUUCUGUUUUUGUUUUUCUUUUGUUUGUUUAAAGCUGUAGAGGCAGAAUAUUAUGGAUUAAAGUAGUUUUUGAGAGAAGGUCUGCACUUUAACUGGUUAAAGUCAUAGGUUUUGCCUUUUUAUAUACACUCAGACUUUGUUUUUUGGUUAAAAUAUCCUCGAGAUUUUAUUUUCUCUAGUAUUAAAGUACAUUUUGCUUUGUUGUACAUAAUGUAUUUAUGUGUUUAUAAGCUGAAUUUUAAAAAUUGGAUCAUUACAUGUAAUAAGAGAAGUCACUAUGUAAAAAGUCUAUUUGGUAUGAAAAAAAAAUCCCAAAUUUUAGAUUUUGUAAAUUCGCAUUUUUGUACAUUGGGUUUAUAUGCCAAGUUAUCUGUAUGUUACUCAGAUAUUUUCUAAAUCUUAAAGUUAUUGAGAUAAAUUUGCUUUUUAAAUGUAUACAACCACAAUAAAUUUGGUAUUUUUAGUAUCUAAAUAAUACUAAUUGUUGUCAAGACAAGGAAGAUGAUUCCAAGUGUGUCUCCUUUUUGACUACAUAGUGAAGACAAAGCUCAUAUAUAGGACCUUACAAGAUUACCUAUGCAAGCACAUAGAGUACAGCUUGUUCAGUAAGUUGCAUGCACCAAUCAGUUCAUACGUUCUAUCAGUCCCAGGGCAGAGAAAAACAACUUUGUAAGAUAUAUUCCAGAUGUUAUUACCCCAGUUCUAAGAAUUACCCCAGAAUAAACCUUUCAAACAAGAUAACAAAGCUCUCUCCAUACUAAAGAAAACUGCCUUUUCAGUAAAGCAUAGAUUUGGUUCCAGUUAUCCCCCAUUUAUAGCUCUUAUUCUUAUCACUAAUAUCUAAGCUUUUGUCCCUCUGUAAACGAAUGUGUAAAUCCAAAGUUUUGAUAUUUUGAGUGGAAAUCUUUAGUAACCUUAAUCCUGACAUUCAGAAUAUAUGGAAAAUAAUAACAUUUGAACCUGAGAUGCAGCAAUGUGUUGCAUUUUCUUUCUUUUUUUUUUUGGGGGGGGUUGGUGUUUCAUCAAGUUCAUAUCAUGUUUGCUCACCCUUUCAUUCCUGGGCAAUCAGUGGACAUGGGCCUGAUAUCUUUAUUAGCUUAAAAACUGUACACAGUCACAACUACCCAUGCUUCCCAGUGAAGAAAUUAAAUUGAUUCCAUAUGAUUUUAUAAUUGAUUCUAUUCUUAAUUGAUCCUAUUCUGUAUUUCUGACCUAUUCUGUGUGAUUGUUUUUGUUUUGUUUUGGUUUGGUUUUUUUGUGAACUAAGUUUAGAAGUUUAGUUCUCCUGCUAAUCACUUUUAUUUUUGCCUCAAAGAAAUCUAUUAUCCUUGAGCUAUUCAGGUGGACACCGGGGAGUCUGGUCUAGGAUCUUUAUACCACAAAGCUAUCCUUCAAGAUGGCUGGGUUUGUUAUCUAAAAAGUCUGAUCCUUUAUCUCUGAAUUUGUAGGUAGAUCCAAACUACAACUAUUUCUAAGUCACAGGAGAAUGGGGAUUGUUGCUAGUCCCCCAUUCCUAAUUUCUGACCAAUCAUAUUGUCUUCACCCCCAUGAAGCUGCUAGCCCUAUAGCUAAUUGCAUUAAUUUCCUCACCUAUCCAGGUUUGUUCUUUAUUCUAUGCUUAUAUAAAGGAACUGUGCCUUCUAUGGGUCAUUGGCCUAACUGAAAUAGCCAUUUGACCUACUUUAUUGACAAGUUUGUUUCCUACUAUUAAAUUGAUAAAAGCUCAAAAUUCUGCUCCUCAGUUUACCUUUAUUAAAUUCUAUUGAGACCCUCAUGCCCAGCUGGUUAGGGCUUUCAUUAUUUCCCUUACAUCUUUGGUCUUGUAGUCUUCUCUAUUGUUUGGUCAUUCUUUAGUCAUCAGGCUCAGUUACCAGUGACCUGAGUUUCUUCCUUACCAAAUUUUCCUAAUAACCCAUGAUAAAAAUACAGCAGAAAAUAGUCUUCUCUUUCCCCAUAUAAAUAGCUAAAAGAUAAAUGUUGGAUGAUCCAUAAAUCAACAUUGUGAAGGAAGAAAUCUGUAGUCAGUACUUUUAAACUCAGUGCUUCUUAUGUCUCUAAGAGAGGUGCAUAACCACUUGGAACAAAGUCGAUAAGAAGGAAUUAGUCAUUCCUUAAAUUAUUCAAUUUCUAGAAUAUUUACAUAUGAUGAAAACACCAAACUUCUUGCUACUGUCAUCCUGACCUCUAUUACGACAAAACUUUGAGAUGUUGUUUAACUGACUUUGGUCUCUGAUCAACAAAUAUGCAUAGAAGGUACCAUUCCAUCACUUUCUCAUUAAAAUUGAUUUCCAAGAAGGAAAAAAAAAAAGUAAGAAAGGAAAACUUAACUGGCUUUCUUGAGUUCAGUUCCCUGGGCUAUUCCUUUCAAUGUACUUUUCAGCACUCAUAUUUUGCUUUUUCCUUUCAGCAUUUCUUUAAUCAGGACUAUUCCAGAUUUCUGCAAGCGUCCUUUACUUGAUUUAACAUGGCUAGCUACAAUUCUGCAUAUCCAGUCUUCAAGGGAGAGAAUUUUUUAAAAACUAUUUAUGGUUAUCUUCUAGAAUAUAGUGAAAAUGUUAGGGUUUUUCAAUACUCUGGCUUUUGAUUUUUAUUCACUGAUACAUUAAUCAAUUUCUAUUCUAUUUUUAAUUUCUCAGGCUCAUGACUGGAGAAUAUGAAUAUUCCUAAAAAUUAUCUUGUAGAAAAGAAACAUCCAUUCUAAUUGAUAUGACUGGCUCAUGUAUGAAAUAUAACUGAUUUUUCUAAUUUCAUUUAAUAUUUUCUUCCCCCCCACCAAUUACAUGUAAAAACAAUUUUCAUCAACUAUCUUUUAAAAUUGAGUUCCAAAUUCUUUCUCUCCCCACCCACCUCUAUUUGAUAUGUGUAGUCAUGCAAAAUGCAUUUCUAUAUUAUUCAAGUUGUAAAAAUAAAUGGACCAAAAUCAUAACCCAAGAAAAAUCAAGUAAAAAAUUUCUUUAAUCUGUAUUCAGAAUUCAUUAAUUCUUUCUUUGAAGAUAGGUAACAUUUUCCCUCAUAAGCUUUUAAGAAUUGUUUUAGCUGAAUAGCUAAGUCAUUCACAAUUGAUAAUCUUACAAUAUUGCUGUAUGUUGUGUACAUUGUUCUCCUGGCCUACUUAAUGUCAAUUUGCAUCAAUAAACAUUUUCUAAAAAGUCAAUAAUAA